AUGCAUGAGGUCAAUAGACCUAAUCCCGAAACGACCGGCUCGUUGAGUUCGGACAGGCCUCGGUCACGGGUGAAGGUCGGCGCAAGCAGACGUCCAUCAUGUCAAGAGCAUCCGUUUAACCCUGGUCUCGACUCGAGAGGGGGCGUUUGGGAGAUGGGCCCUCCGGAGGCAUGGGUGAACGGUGAAAGUGCAAAAGAAUUGUCUCAGACGGAGGCAUCGGAGCAACGGACCAAAGGAGGAACUCUCAGUUCGUUCGACUCAAACGGCCUCUGCAAAUGGCGCCACAACCGUCUAGAAUCUAGCCCUAAAGCAGGAAAUCAGCAUGGGUCAGCAGAGACCUGA